UCAUCCUCUGCAGAUCAAUCUUUUCCUCCGUUUUAUAUACUUUCUUAGUCCCUCUAAAACCAACACUGCCAACCUCACUUUGAGAAAAAAAAAAUGGUUUUUAUUGUUAUUGUUGUUAGCAUCUCUUAAGUGGUAGCUGAAACGAACAAGAAGAGUGCUAAAGGCAUAGAGUCAAUGACCAUGGGUCUAUGCUAAAGGCAGAUUGUAAGUGCAAACGAAGUUUCUGUUUUUCCCUGCCCCACACGGUUUAUGCAAAGGGAACUUUACCUUUUCUUUUUUUAUUUUGACAAAGGAACUUUACCUUUUCUUGAACCCCCCUUUGUUGUGCAUUAACUAGUGAGCAUGUCACUUAAAUCACUUUUAAUUAUUCAUCAUGCGUGGAAAUUCAGAAUCCAGUCACUAUUCAAAAGGAAAAUUAUUUAUCAGUCCUCAUAAUAAAAUUUGUUCCUUUGUUAACGGUUCUGGUUUGCCGAGUGAGUUAAUAUGUAAGAACAGAAUCAUCAUUUUCUUUGAGAUACCAGAGAAGUAGUUUCCAAUUCUAUGGCUUCCACCCCUAUCCUGUUGUUACUGUUCUUCUUCAUGCUAUAUACAGCAGAAGCAAAAACUGAAAAAAAUUACUCCAGUAUCAUUGGGUUGGGAUCUUCACUCUCACCUAAAGGCGAAAAUACUUCAUGGCCAUCAAGUUCUGGCCAUUUUGCUUUUGGUUUUUACCCACAAGGAAGUGGCUUUGCUGUUGGGAUAUGGUUGGUUAGUCCAUCUGAAAACACAACCACUGUCGUAUGGACUGCUAACCGUGAUGCUCCACCAUUCUCCACUAAUUCUAUAUUGAAUUUGACUGAGCGAGGCCUGCUUCUUCAAAAUGGAAAGGGAGACUCACCUAACAAGUUAGACUCGGGAAGUUCAUCUACAGAGUUAAUCUCAUGGGCAUCUAUGGAUGAUUCUGGCAACUUUGUGCUUUAUGAUGAGGAUUUUUACAUUAUCUGGCAAAGCUUUUAUCACCCAACUGACACCAUAUUAGGAGGUCAGAAUUUGACUAUUGAUGAUGAGUUAGUCUCUAGUAUGUCCAAAUCAGACCAUUCAAGUGGACGUUUCUAUCUAAGCAUGCAAAGUGGUGGAAUUGUGGCUUACCCUUUUUACAGCUUCAGAGCUGUUGAGGAUGCUUACUGGUCUACAAACACUAUCUCCUACAGUAAGCUCAGUCUUAACGUUCUAGGCUUUUUUUGCCUAAAUGGUGCUGUAGCCAGGGGGGCUAUGCAGACUGGUCUACCAUAUAGCGAUUGCAAUUUGUAUGAUCGUGACUGCAGCAGAGUAUCCAGAUCAUCAGGUCCCUCAAAUAGUCUAUGUUUCCACGAUGGCAAUAAGCCUAGAAAGAAGUCACCUAACAACACAACUUCAAUCUACCGUGCAACACUUGACGUAGAUGGAAACUUGAGAUUGUAUGAGCACCAAUUUCACUUUGUGGGAAACAAUACUACUGCUAGCUCACGUGUGGAAAUGUUGUGGCAAGCACUUAAUGAUACAUGUCAAGUAAAGGGGUUUUGUGGGUUGAACAGAUAUUGCUCCUCCAACAUGAGUGGUGAUGCUGUCUGCAAGUGUUAUCCUGGUUUCGUCCCUUCCAAGACUAAAAGCAGUGCUAAUAUGGACUGCGUACAAAUGCAUAGCAAAGAUGAUUGUGAAAGCAGUGAAGACCCGGCGAUGUUGUAUAAUAUUACUCACCUUGAGAAUAUGUCUUGGGGUGAUAUUCCAUAUUCUGUUAUGCUCAGGAUGAAGAUGGAGACUUGUGAGAAGGCUUGCAAAGAAGAUUGUGUUUGUGGGGGAGCAAUAUAUACAAACGGCACUUGCAAUAAAUAUAGACUUCCACUUAUUUAUGGCAGGUUUCAGAAUGAUACCUCCACUAUGUCCGUGGCCCUAUUAAAGAUUCCUUCUUCAACAACUGCCAUUAUAUCACCUCCAACCUCAAACGAGAUCAACGUCCAUAAGUCCAAUGUUGUUUUUGACAACAAGAGAAAUCUGAUAAUGAUCCUAGCUUUUACUUUGGGUUCCGUUUCAUUGAUUUGUUUGAUCUUUGCAGUGUCCAUUUUCUUCACUUACAGGCGUCAAGUUAAUAGGUACGCAGUGUUGUCUGAAAGUGAAAAACUUGGAUUUACUGAAGAAUGUUCCUUGCGCUCGUUUUCUCUUGACGAACUUGCGAAAGCAACUGGUGGCUUUUCAGAAGAGAUAGGGAGAGGAUCAUUUGGAGCUGUUUAUAAAGGUACAAUAGGCGACAAUAACAGAAGUAUUGCUGUGAAGAGACUAGAGGAGAGAAUUACCGAUGAAGGGGAGAGGGAAUUCCAAGCUGAAAUUACUGCCAUAGCUCGAACUCAUCAUAGGAAUUUGGUUAAGCUUAUUGGUUUUUGUAUUGAAGGGUCCAAGAAGCUUCUUGUUUAUGAAUUUGUCAGCAAAGGAUCUCUUGCAAAUCUCCUUUUUGAAUGGGAAAUAAGAUUACCUUGGAAAGAGAGAAUGAAACUUGCAUUGGACGUGGCCAGAGGACUACUCUAUCUACACGAAGAGUGUGAAGUCCAAAUCAUCCAUUGCAAUAUAAAUCCUCGAAAUAUACUUAUGGAUGAAGCAUGGACUGCUAAAAUAUCUGAUUUUGGAUUCUCAAGGCUAUUAAAGAGAGGCCACUCUAGGACUAAAAAAGGGGAUGAUGGCACAAGCAGGUACUUAGCUCCUGAAUGGCAGAAGGACGAUGCAUCAGUAUCAGUAAAAGCUGAUAUUUAUAGUUUUGGGGUGGUAUUAUUGGAGAUUAUCUGUCGUAGAAGAAGUAUAGAAAUGAAUAAUAUAUCCUCAGCUGACGAAAUCCUUCUUUCCAGUUGGGUAUAUCAAUGUUUUGCAGCAGGACAAUUAAACAAGCUUAUCACACGUGAUGAAAAAGAUGUGGAUUGGAAGAUAUUGGAAAGAAUGGUGAAGGUGGGGUUGUGGUGUGUGCAAGACCACCAAUCCCUCCGUCCUGCAAUAAAGAAUAUAAUCUUAAUGCUAGAAGGUUUGAAAGAUAUUCCAGUUCCUCCCUCUCCAGCUCGCUUGGUUGAAUAGUCUUGCUGCUUGUGUGAUGCUAGCUUUUUUGCUUGUCACUCGUGGAAGUCGUGUAAUAUAAAUAUUUGUUUAGUAUUGGCUUGUGUGAUUUAUCAUUUGUCCUAUUUUAGUUUCAGUUUUAUGUUGAAUUUAUUGCACAAGUUGUGUUGUGACGAA